AUGACAGACAAGGACCAUGACCACGACUCAGUAAUCGACGCCCUGCUAGAGCGCUACCUCAUCUUAUUAGACGAGUACACCACUUUGCGCUCGCGUCUCGUCCGCCUCCAGUCGUCGGUGCACCAGAGCAUCGCGCGGGCCAACUUCUCGGCCGAGAGGGGUCUGCGAUACGGCCAGGACCAGUACGAUGGUCGGAUGAAGGCCUCUCGCGUGCUGGAGAUUGAGGGGUUGGAUGGCGAUGCUGCUCAGGUCCCGAGCUUCAAGGCAGUCAAGGUGAAAGAGGAGGCGGAGCAGCAGCAGGCAGAAGGAAGCAAGCAAGAGGGGGAGGAGAAAGAGGCAGAGGAGGAGGAGGACAGGAGGAAGAAGAAAAAUACCUCCAACAACCCGCUACGGUGGUUUGGCGUACUGACACCCAUGCCACUACGUGACGCGCAGGCACGGUCCAUCGAGGCGGUGGACCAGGUCAUCCCCCAGCUCGUCAGCUUGUCGGCCGAGAUGUCCAGUCUGGAGAUUCAAGUCCGCAGGGCACGCAAGAAGAGGGCCAAGGCCAUCAGCACUGCGACCACAUCUACCAAGGACGACAGCAACAGCAACAGCAACAGCAACAGCAACAGCCAGACGACAAUUCAGGCAUGA